AUGAAGGUAAGGAAGAGUCGUCAAGUCGUCAAUGACCGUAAUUUGGUGGGUACGCUCUCCGCAUCAUACGUCAUAGAUUCCUUUACGCCAGCUCGAUUUGCAAGGUUGAAUGAAAAUGCAGAAGAGUGGAAUAAUGCUGUAGCACGCUUUAUCAAGACUAACGGGGUUGUUUAUGAGGAAGAUUAUGGGGUUCGUAAUCCAGAGGUCCAUAACCGUAACCGAUUUCUUCGCUUUAGGAAGCAGAAUCAGCAGUUCUCGAAGGUCAAGAUGAUUCCAAACACUAAUGAAGAGCUGGAAGAGAUAUCGGCGGAGUCCAUUAGGGCUUCUAUUCAGGUUAGGGUAGAUUUAUUUGAUGUCAUUAACGAAAUAGUGGGAACGGAGUCGGCAUUUUCACUUGAUAUUGAGACAGGUGAGCAAUUAUAUCAUACAUGUAUCUUAACGGGUCAUGGGAUAGAAAACGGGGUUGAAUAUGUAGAACUUUUAAGCAGCUGGGGGAAGAUGAUGAUUUGGGUGACGACGGAUAUCAGUAUAUUACCGCAGCGGAUAUCAUAUCAGUUUGGGGAUACGGGGUUGAGGAGAUCAUAG